AUGGAGUUUGCGCAGUUUUGGGGGCCAAAAGAAAAGACACAACGCCCUGAAAUCCGCCAUCUUGACGAUUUCCACUUUUCACCUCAACCCUCUACACUACUCGUUCCUGAAAGCGUGUGCCUGGAAACAUCAUCCGUGAACCAAAAGAUGUCUCCUACUCUAAUACUACUGAGCCACCGAGCUCACAAAGUGAUCACGAUCACCUUCUUGACCCUAUGGAUACUCGCUGCAACCGGGUUCGCUGUCCUCGAUUUUGUGGACGGCUGGGGCUACACCCAUCAAUUCCUUUCGCUCAGUCUCCUCGCGUAUUUGAUCUGUCGCCUGAUCGUGGUUUUCCAAAAACCCGGCCGUGAUAGCUCAUGGGCACAUAUGAUCGUCACUGCACGUUCCCGCUCGCGUCGCCGAGCACUUGCGACCCUCGUGUUCUCAUGCGGCUGGAUUUACGAAUUUGUAUGCAAAAUAUUUGUAUUGGCGCUGAUGACACUCAUGUCAAGCGCCAUGAUUGCCCUCCAUUUAAUGCAGGACCUUGAGAUCGCCAUCCAUGACAACGAAACCAAAGAUGGAGAUUCAGCUGAAUUAACGACCGACAUGGAGAAGGCAAAGAUAGACUUGGAGGAGGCCAUGGCUAAAAUAGCUGAGUUCCAUGAAGAGGCGGGAUAUGACCCUGUCAAGCUGUUUGGUUGGAUGCCGCCCAAAUUAAUAAUAUUUUGUGUUAUAACUGCGUGGAUAAGUGUCGGCACACUGGCAUUUUACAUCGCUCGACUUGCCUGGAAAUCGUUGAAAAGAGCAUGCAUGCUUCCAACUCCGACUGUGGCCAAUCCUCCAGAGAAACAGUACGGGGCUUAG